AUGAACGUCCAGGCCCAAGACUACGUAACAGUGGACACACAAGAAGGAACACUCAGAGGCGUGUUGUCACUGACAUACACCGGAAAUCCUAUUUACAGGUUUCAAGGUAUUCCAUAUGCAGAGCCCCCAGUUGGAGAUCUACGUUUUCAGCCACCAGUGACAAAAGCAGCAUGGUCUGGAGUUAGAGACGCCCUGGCGGUGGGGUCGCAGUGUCCCCAGUAUCGAAGUGGUGCGACGUCUGGCGCCGAAGACUGUCUUUACCUCAAUGUUCAUGGUCCAGGGACACCGUCGCAAAAUGGAACCCUGAAAGCUGUUAUGGUUUGGAUACACGGCGGAUGUUUCACAGGAGGAUCUGGUUCGCCGGUAGCAGACUAUUUUGUGGACAAUGACGUCAUAUUCGUUGGCAUAAAUUAUCGUCUGGGACUUCUUGGUUUCUUAAGCACCAGUGACGAAAUCGUCCCCGGGAACAUGGGCCUUAAGGAUCAAGUGGAGGCCCUUCGCUGGGUGCAGAGGAACAUAGCAGCGUUUGGUGGUGACCCAGACAAAGUCACUAUUUUCGGCCAAAGUGCUGGAGGGGCCUCCAUUCAUUACCACGUCCUAUCUCCAAUGAGCAAAGGUCUAUUUAAGAAUGCAAUAGCAAUGAGCGGAUCAGCAAUGAACCCUUGGGCAUUCUCUAGAAAUGCAACCGAUAGAGCUGUACGGUUUGCGGGAACUCUAGGAUAUACAGGAACAAGUUCCAGCGACCUUGUAAAUUUUCUGAAAACAGUGGACCCGAACACACUAGUUAUGGACUCAUCCAGUGCGUUAUCUGAGGAGGAUAGCAAGACCUUGUUCUCCUGUGUGUGGGUACCCAGUGCUGAACCAGAACACGAUGGUGCGUUUUUGACGGAAGAACCGUGGACUCUGGUAGCUGAAGGGCGCUACAACCUGGUUCCCUACAUGUCUGGUGUCACUGACCUCGAGCAGCUUGCACAAACACAGCCUAACGGAGUGUUAUCCACAGAAGAGCGAGUAAGCAACCUGAACGAGAAUUUUGACGAAAAAGUCGGAUGUGAUCUACGGCUUCCGACGAGAGAAGAGAGACUGAAUGGCGCUAAUGCUGUUAAGCAGUUCUACUACAAUGGCAGUGACAUCACGUUGCAGGAUAACUACACCACAGCUCUGUUUGAUUCCCACCUCUUCUUUUCGGAAGGAGUUGACGCUGUCAUCAGGAGCAUGGCUCGCUAUUCCUCGGAGCCCGUGUAUUACUACGAGUUUACUUACCUCGGCUCUCUCAGCGCCUACCCCGGAGGACCAGGUAGGGGGAGCGAGCAGUUAAUCGCCGUAGUUAUCUUUCAUUACGUUUUGCAACGUCACACUUACAUAAGUAAUAAAAUAAGUAACUCGUGCUUACACGAUCCAACUCCGCAACAGAGUUCACUUGUGACAGUGACGUGGGAAGAGUACGACGAAUCGUCGCCCAACUACUUGAUGAUAGCAGCUCCUCUUCGAACUGGAACCAGCUUAUUUGAGCCUUACAUGAACUUCUGGCAUGACCUGUUGCCGUAA